UAUGAGUAAAAAAUUACGGCUACCCAUUCAAAUAACACCGACUGAAAUUUCUUGGCAAUUUUCACAUGUAACUACGCCAUCUACCGACGAACUUGAUGCCUUAUCUUUAUCUGACGACAAAGAUACUUAUUGUGAGAAUACAGAUAAUAAAAAUACUGAUUUAUUAAUACAAAUGAAAUUUGUAUUGAAGAUAACGCAUUAUGAUUUUGGUUGUUUGGAAAAAGUUACUAAAAAUAAAGGAAACUUUUUAAUUAGUAUUAAAGAGAAAAUAAGGAUGAUAUCAAUUGAUAAAAAUAGGAAGAUACUAUCAAAUAGAGUAGUUAAUAGGUUGGUAAACGAUGAAGAAAGUUACCUUUCUCUUUCUGAUAGUUUUCUGUCACAAACCACUGAUAUUGUAUCAUCGAGAACGGAGAGUGAAUUAAGAACUACGGAAGACGUCCUAUCAAGCGAUGGGGAGCAAGAUGAUAAGAAUUAUAUAGAAGGUAUCGACAACUCAGAUAUACAACCACGAGAAAGUCGAGCAUAUUCGUCAAACAGUCAGGGUUCGAACUCCUACACAGAACAGCGGUCUGGCGGUUUGAUUUACGACGACCCCCUGCAUUCGAAAUACGAAUCCAACAGCGAUAAAGAAUCCAGCAAACAGAUUUCUAUUCAAACAUACAACCUAGAUUCGCCCAAAUGUAUAAAAGCAGAAAAAAAAUGGAUUAAUGAUAAGGAUAAUGAUAACAUUAACUUUGGAUUUAUUGGCAAUAAUCUCUUGACUCAUACUUUAAUCAUAGCUUUCAUAAAUUCCAGUAAAAAAAUUCCCACCAACCGUUAA